AUGCCUGAAUUCAAACGGCCGAUGAAUGCAGCCAGCAAUGUGGAGAUACACUCCAUGGAGGCAUCCAGACAAGAGACACCACACAAGCGUAACAUCCAUGCAUGGAGCAGUCACCUGGCACGGGGCACAGCCCGCUCCCCCCCCCCCCUUGGCCGGCGGGGAUCAUCCCGGCCACAUGGCGGCGGCCCUCACUGCUGCGGGCGCUCCCGCGGUGGCCACACACCGCACGCCUGUACUGGCAACAGCUGCAGGAGGAACAGCCGGCCAGCCGACAAGAACAUGGACACAGAAGGGACACAUACUAUCACCCCAUGGGACACAACAAUCCACAUUAACGAGCCCAGGAUGGAGCGGGCCAUGGACGGGAGACUCAGACCGCCCAUAAGCCAUCGACACGGAUGCCCGCCCUCUGAAUCUGGAGGGAAAUGUCCCCACAGCUGCGAGCCCUGCGGGUGA